UUCUGUCCCGGGAACUACCAGAACGAACCACUCCAGUAUGGAGGGGUAGGCGAAGGAGUUUAGGGGAAAGGGAAGAAACUCCCAGUUAGCACUCGAAAGGACAAUUAUUGCAGAGCAUUUAAAUGGGAAUAAAGAAUCUUUAAUGGACCUCAAGGAGUGGAAUGAGAUGAUUUUCCUUGUAGCCCCCCCCACGAGCACUCGAGGUGCUGGUGCCUCUCCAGCUGCGCCAACCUCCGAGGUCGCCGCGGACGGAAGCUGACGGGGGUCAAUCCAAGUCAUGCAGGUGGUACGAAAGACGGGGUCUUGGCUCUUGCGGUCUUGGGGUUGGCCACCGACGCCCAGGGUCGUGGCCGGGGCGCCAGCCUCCACCAUCCACACCGGCGCCCAACAGCUGCAAGACGCGGCGGCCAAGCAGGAGGUUGAGGAGAAGGCGGCGGAUCCGGCUCCGAGCCGCAGCAGGUUCAGCAUUUACCCUCCAGUUCCAGGACAGGAGAGCCCUCUGAGGUGGGCAGGGAAGAAAUUCGAGGAGAUCCCAAUCGCACACAUCAAAGCAUCCUACAACAACACACAGAUCCAGGUGGUCUCCGCCACUCACCAGCCCCUCGCUCGCACUUCUUGUGGCACAGAGGGAUUCCGGAAUGCCAAGAAGGCCACGGGCAUCGCCGCACAAACAGCAGGCAUAGCUGCCGCGGUGAAAGCUGCAGGAAAGGGUGUGACCCACAUCCGAGUGGUGGUGAAGGGCCUGGGCCCAGGGCGCCUGUCUGCCAUCAAGGGACUCACCAUGGGGGGCCUGGAAGUGAUCUCAAUCACAGACAACACCCCCGUCCCGCACAACGGCUGCCGCCCCAGGAAGGCUCGGAGGCUGUGAUGGAAAGGAAGCCUGUCCCUGAACUGUCCUCAAGUCCCAUGUCCAGUCGGACGUCGUGGAAGGCACACGGAGCUCUUUCCGGAGCCGGGCUCGCUGGAGAACCCUCGGGGAGCAAGGGGGAGCUUUGCCCCCUCACGUGGUGGCCUUGCUUGUUCAUUCAACUGGAGACCGGUGUCCAGAAGGGACUCGAGAGGACCCCCAGUGCACCUGCAGCCCAGACUCCGAAACCAGUAAAUGCUGCCUCUGCUCUGCAGAAAUAAAACACUUUCUACCACCUGUA